CUUUUCAUGGCUGAAUAUGCUUGGCCCAUCUUUGGGGAAAGAUGGGUAUGUUUUGUGUAGUUAAUGUUUUUAGUAUUUCUGAGAGGAAGCCAUGAAUGUGAUUCCUUUAAAAAAAAAAGACCUCUUUAGUCUCCAAAUAUUCUCUGAAACAAGUAGAGUCAACAGGAGGCAAUGUUACCUCUACUUUUAGUUUGGUUUACUCUCGUAUCUCUUAAUCAACCAGGCAUCUGUUUGCAACAUCGUCAGCAACUGCAACCAGUUUUGCUUCCAAAUGGGUGCGAUGACAAAUGCGGCAGGUUGCACAUACCAUUUCCAUUUCAUUUGAACACUUCAUGUGCCUCUGUUUCCAAUGCUUUCCAUCUUUCUUGCUUGAAUUCAACCACCCUUUACCUCCACAUCGGCAUUCAAAGCUACCGAGUCCUUGACUUCUUCUCUGAUGGUAUACUCGUAGACUUUCCUGGAACUGGAAGCUCCACUUGUCGUCAAUACAACGGCUUGAAUUCCUUCAAUUUUGCGGGAAACGACUACUUGGGAAUCUCUGAUGAUAAUGUGAUAGGUCUAUAUGAUUGUGAAGACUCGUCACUUUGUAAAGCAGAUUGUGAGACAAACGAGUUGCCUGAUUGUGAUGGAAACAGGAGUGGAGCCCUGGCAUGCUGUUAUCCACUUUCUGAUCAUAGCAAUUGGCAUUCAGGGGAUGGGUUUUCGAGUUUUGCCAAGUUUGGAUGUAGGGGGGUUUCGUCGUGGGUAGUUCCGAGGGGAACCAACAGUGGGAAGCGUGGGGUUAAGUUGGAGUGGGCAAUUCCUAGAAAUAAAUCUCAAGGACUUUGUGCCAGCAAUGCAGUUAUGGUGAGUGCUACAACGGUAGAAGCAGGGGUCAGGUGCUCCUGUCAGGAUGGGCUUGUCGGUGAUGGAUUUGCAAAUGGACUCGGAUGCUUCAAGUCCUGCAUCAAGGAGGGGCAAGAAGCAUAUGGUGGGGAAUGUGACAACAGCCCAAAACGUAGUCAAAGGAAACUUGUAAUUGUGGCUGGUGUUCUUGCUCCAGUUUUCAUCCUUGCUUCCUUAUUCAUGUUCCUUUGCAUAUUGAAACGACCUGUUAAAUCAGGUGCAUUUGAUAUAGACCAGGCUCAUUAUCAUAGUACCAUUUCAUUUCGGAAAGCUUGUAGGACUAGAUUAUUCAGUUACAGAGAGCUAGACGAAGCAACCAGAGGGUUUGACGAUGGUCAGAAGCUCGUAGAUGGAACAAAUGGCACAAUUCAUGCUGGAGUCCUUGGAGAUGGUUCACAUAUAGCUGUGCAGAAGGUGCAGUGCGAGAAUGAAAGAGACCUAAUUCAUGUCCUAUCCAGAAUUGAGCUUCUAUCAGCUGUUUUACAUAGGAAUUUAGCCCGACUCCUCGGGUGUUGCAUUGAAUCUGGUUACACCCUGAUGGUGGGCUAUGAAUAUCCUGCAAAUGGCACCUUGGAGGAACAUCUGCAUAACAACAGUGGACAAGAAUUUGGCCUUGACUGGUAUAAGAGGCUAAGCAUAGCCGCUGAAACUGCAAGCAUCUUAGCAUACUUGCAAUGUGAAAUUUCUCCACCUAUCUUUCACCAUGGCCUCAAAUCAUCCGGAUACAUAUUUCUUGACGUGGGUUUCUCAGUUAAGGUUGCAGGGUUUGCACUGCUUUGCUCUAGUUCCAACACUGGCCCCCUUGUUCAGAAAAACGAUGUGUAUGACUUCGGACUGCUUUUGUUAGAGAUAAUUUCAGGCUCCAAACAUUCAGACAUGCCUUCACUAGCCUUGCAAAAGAUUAAAAGUGGGAAGCUAGAAGAAAUAGUGGAUCCAUCUCUUUACUACCACGAGCAGCCUAUAUUUCGAAGAGAGCAAAUAGAGAUAGUUGCAGACAUAGCAACCAGGUGCUUGUUGUUCGGUGGAGAUGGCAAAAUUGGAAUGGUUGAUGUCGCAAAGGAGCUGUUUCACCUUGCAAAAGAAAGCACCGAUGGAGGAAGUAAAAAGGGAAGUGCAUUGGAAGAAACAUUUUCAAAUUCAAGCCUGCUUCAGAUGAUAUCCAUGUCUCCUGACUCUGUACAUUUGCCUCGAAUUGCAGGACCAGUUUGAUAAAAUCAGCUUGUUCGUCACGUAAUGGCUGCAAAUAUGCUAAAUUAAGUUACCUGCAUUCCUGUCUAUACAAAUUGUGGAUUUGGGAACUUGUUUUGUUGAUUUACAGCUGCUGCUACAUAAUAUGUCAGUAACAUGGUUAUGCUUGUAUUUUCAAAAUCAUGAAAUGAAAAUUUCUGAAACAUGAUCAUGAAUGUAUCAGUAACUAAGAUUUCAAACUUAUACUUUCUCACCGCUAUUUCCCCACUUUUUUUUUUUUUUUUU